AUGGCAUUUAAUAAUACUCCUAAACAUGCACCGUUUUUCAGUACUUAUCACUCAGUACUCUGUCUCUGUCUCUCAUUCUAUAAAUACCUGAGUGAAGGCUCUUGUAUACUUGGAUUAAGAGUGCUUAAGCAAAGCAUUAGUCAAGUUUUAAAGAUGAAAAGAAGGGUAUUAUUAAGCUCUGUUAUUGCUGUUUUAGCAACAUGGCUGCUGAUUUGUAGUCCUGUAUCAGAUGCCAAAGCUAGCCAUCACAAGAGAGUAGUGCAGGUUCCAAGUUUAUCAUCAGCACAAUCGUGGUCACCCUUGGUUCCGUCUCCACCACCACCCGGACCGAGGCCUAGGCCUAGGCCGACACCAUGGUCACCUUUGGUUCCAUCUCCACCACCACCUAAACCAAGACCAUGGUCGCCCUUGGUUCCAUCUCCACCACCACCACAUAAGCCUAGGCCUAGGCCGGGACCAUGGUCACCUUUGGUCCCAUCUCCACCUCCUCCACAUAAGCCUAAGCCUAGGCCCGGACCAUGGUCACCCUUGGUUCCUUCUCCGCCUCCUCCACAUAAGCCCAAACCUAGACCAUGGUCACCCUUGGUUCCGUCUCCACCACCACCUAGACCUCGCCCAAGGCCUAGGCCCAGACCUACGCCAUAUCCAUUCCCAUGGUCACCACUGGUCCCGUCUCCGCCUAUGCCUAGACCAUUGCCAUGGUUCUCUCCACUCUUCCCGUCUCCACCUCCGCCGACUCAUAACUUCGAUGAUGCCUCUCCAUUCGUAUUUCCACCUCCGCCACUAGCGUUUCCGUGGUCAUCCCCACCAUAUGACCAUGAUGAUAACUUCCCCGCGUUCUCUACCCCGCCGGAUGUUCCAGACUUCUCCGCUCCCGCGCCGCCUCUGGUUCCGAUGCGGAAUCUGAUCACUAAUGCACCACCAACUUAA